AAAUCUAUACGGUUAAUGUCCGUCAAAGUUUUUAUUUAGUUUCAAGCCAGAUGGCUAUGAUGAAGGUUCGAAUCAGUCUGUGGAUUCUUAUAGUGUCGGCUAAAAGUCUAUCGGAAGUUAGUAGUAUAUCUUCGAAGGGAAUAUAUAUAAAUGUUUCACCAUGGCUAAAUGAAAAAUCGAAACUUGAACAUGCCGAAAGUACGACUGGAGACUUCAGCUCUACUGCUCUAUCGUCGAAUACAGACCAGGACGCCGACCCACAAUCAUACCUCGGUUCCUACUUAAUUAUAGGCGGUGCAGUGUUAGCAACGAUCGUCGUCAUCUUAAUCAUCGUCAUUGUUAUCGUUCGAGUCUUUCGAAAACGAAAACAAAAAUAUACGCCUUAUACAUACGAUGACCCAUUCGAUCGGAUAAUGGAUGAUCUUGAAUACCACUACUACGAUGAGCCAAAAACGACCGGGUGUGACAACGCAAAUUCAAACUGCGAUGAAAACGCACUGCCAAAUCAAGAAAUAGAGGUAAUUGGACGCUGCCGCGAGCUGCCGGACCUCCCCGAUAAUGUGAAUUCGCCUUACACCGAAAUGAAUUGAUUUUCAAAAAUCUUUUUAAUUAUUAGCUUUAAUUAUUACGAUAACGGCAACGUACGGAAUCAGAUGCAAUGUUCCGUGCAGCCUUCCUUGAUCUCCUGGAUCGAUAAUCAUAUCGAUCCUUUUUAUUGAUAUUCCUCUUUAACGAUAAACACGAAUAUUCGGACAUUAGUUUGUCGAAUGGCAGGGCACGCGUGCAAUUUACGAGGUAAAUGUGGAGAUGAACAGAGACCCCGAAUGACGGUCAGGUGUUGCACAACUAAAUUACAUCCCUAAGUGGCGAUGUCAAACCACAGCUCGCGUAUCGUAGCCACCUGGCAAAGCCUGUACUGUCCUUCAUAGCAUGUCGUCUCUGUAAUUAACUUCCUUCUAGAUGUAUUGACAAUUCUUUACUUCUUAUGAUAAAAAUUAAAUAUGAUAAAAAAAUUGAUAUAUCGCGACAUCACGGAAUGACGAAAUGCGGUUAAAUCCGAAAAAAAAAAAAAAAACCAGAGUUGUUGUUUUCUUGGCAUAAUUUUCUACCGCAUAUCCGGUCGGGAAUAUAAUUAUCGAAGCCACUGGUUCCCGAAAACUAGAGUGGAACGAUGAUUAUUUCAAGAAUUCCGACGACAGUUGUCCCGAUUCCCGGUCACCCAAAUAUUCAUUUUUCAGAGGAUUCAGUGACUUUGUUAGUCAGUCGAAUGAAUGCUCAUUAUAACGACUAACGCCAGCCUGAACAGGCAUUAAAUUCAUAAAGAUUUCUCAAUCAAUUGUCCCGUGCAGAGAACAACGACAACCGCGACUGUUCGAGAAAAGUCAUUCGAGGGGGUAUCCAUUUCGAGAAAAGAACCCGAGGGUCUUCUAAAUAUUCCUACGUAAGACAACCGAAUCUUGUAACCAUAUUUCACCAAGUCUCACAGUCGGUUCGCAAAGAGCCGUCUCCGGAGGUAAGGGGAACAAGUACGAAAUGUUCAUUUCUUUGGAAUACCGAGUAAAAAUGUAGAAAUCUCUUAGAGGAAAGAAAAACGUAUUUAAAAAUCGAAAAAAGGAGGAAGAAAAAACGAAAAAUAAAUGAAAAAAAAAAAAAAACAAGUUGUCGAAAAUCAAAAGAAGAAACCUACGGUGCAGAUUUCUCAUCUGAUUGGCAAAAGGUA